CCACCAUGGCAGCUUCCUGCAACUUCCUCUCUCUUUCUUUAACCUUCUUGCUCUUCUUCCAUGGCUGCUGCCUUGCUCUCCAGAUGCAAAAUGAGUGCCAGAUUCAAAGAAUCAAUGCUCUUGAACCCAAUCAACGUAUCCAAGCUCAAGCUGGUUACACCGAGUUGUUCGACUCCAAUAACGAGCAAUUCCAGUGUGCCGGAGUUGAGGUCGUCCGCCACCACAUUCAACCCAAAGGUCUUUUCUUGCCGUCGUACACAAACGCCGCGAUCCUGGUCUAUGUUGAACAAGGUACUUACUUAAAGUUCCCCAUUCUCAAGUUUCUACAACUCGGGGCCCAGAGAGGUGUUCUCCACCCGAGAGCUAUAAUGGCACCGUACUGGAUGACGAAUGCCCACAACAUAAUCUUCGUUACAAAAGGUAACAUGAGGAUGCAGAUCGUUAACAACGAGGGCCAAGCGGUGUUUGACGGUGUGAUCAGCGAGCGGCAGCUGGUGGUGGUGCCACAGAAUUUCGCGGUGGUGAAACAAGCCGGCGAACAAGGGUGUUCAUGGAUAUCGUUCAGAACCAACGACAAUGCGAUGAUCAACACCUUGGCCGGAAAAACCUCCGCCAUGAGGGCAUUGCCGGUGGACGUGAUAACAAAUGCGUACCAGAUGUCGAGGGAAGAUGCACAGAAACUCAAGUACAGUAGGGACGAAGCUGUGAUGUUGAGCCCCGGCUCGAUGUCCUCCGGAAGGUUUUCCGGUGGCGGCUGGCCGUUGAAGGCUUGAAGGUGGUAGUCUGAGUGGUUGAAGUUGUUUUUAAGAAUAAGAGAUGGUAUUAGUUGCAGGUUGUUGAUUAGCAUCAACUUCUAUGUAUAAGAAGAACGGAGAGGUCCCUUGAUUUUGAUGUAUGUUGAAAUAAAUAAAGAUAUCUGUGACUCUUUUGUGAAGUAUGGAAA